UAUCAUUGUCUUUAGUCAAAUAAAUUUUAUUUUCUUCGUUGUUUAUGUACUCCAAUUUUUCGAAAGAUUAUUCUUAUUUUACUUUAUUAAAAUAUAAUAAGAAUAAAAGACAAAAAUGAUUACAUACGGGCCCGACGAAGUCGGUCUCGAAGAUAAAUCCUCCUGCGCUACCAUUAGAGCUGAUCUCAAGAUGUGUUUAUUGAGUAGUGAUUGCUGUAAAAAGGACAAGAAAACACCAAGAGACUGCCUAAGAGAGGGGUCAGUACCUGAUGAAUGUAUUCAACUACGGCGCCUCUUUUUUGAAUGCAAACGUUCAUUGUUGGACAACAGAAGGAGAUUCAGAGGGCACCGCGGUUACUGAAUGCCUGUGAUUUUAUUAGAGUAAUAGUUAUGUUAAUUAUAAUAAUGUCAAGUCAAUACAAAUGUUUUGUUUAAUAAAGUUAAUUGUUUUGAUAAGAA